UCAGAACAUUAACCAAUAGGAAGCGUGCAUAUUCGCUCGAUAUUUGAUUGUCAAAUUUAGGGAAACAUUAGUCUAUUUAUAAAUUUAAUGUUUCGGGUGUAUUUUCAAUAAAACAAGUCGCUAUGUUGAGCAAUCUGCGCGGCGUCUCGCCUUUAUCCGACGCUAUGUCCGAUAGCACUUUAGAGAGGAAUCGUGCUGAAAAGGCGCUUAUUACUAAAACGCCCGCCCAAAGUCAGGUUUUUGGGAACAAAACCAAUGUUAGUGGGAUAAAGAGUUACUCCGAUAAAAACGGCAAUGAUGUUACUAAGUCGGUGCAUAAAGGGCGGAAGACUAUUGCGUUUUGGACGCUGGUGUGUUUGCUGUUCAUCCUCGCCAUCGGGAACCUGAUUCUCACAUUCACCAUUCUAGCCGUUUUGAGACUUGGACAAGGCAUGGAGAGUAUGGAGCUCCUCCCAGAGCAUAACGCUGUAAAGUUGCUAGGAGACACGGGAUUGGACCAUGUUUAUAAGCGUGAUGGGCUACUCGAGGGCUUCAGGGACAAGCCAGUCGAAAUCUCCAGCGAGAACGGCACAGUGCGAAUCAAUUUGCAGACCAGAUUAUCCCGCACGGAAACGAAGUUAGCGGUGAACACUUCCGGCGUGUUCGUCCGCGGAGUCGGCGCGAUGCGACUUUUGGACCCCGUGUCUGGGGACACCGUCUUCAGCACCGCCACUGAGGAGAUGAACGUGCCUGAUGGCGUUAACAACCUUAGUGCAAAGCAAAUCUCAACCAAACGCAUAGCCUCCCCCACCGAUCAAGACUUGAAACUGAAAUCGGACGCCUCCGCCCAUCUCCGCGGCUCCGAAGGCACCCGAAUGGAAUCCAAGGAACUCUAUUGGUCCGCCGACCAAGAUAUCUACCUUAAAUCUGUCAACGGCUCCGUAAUAAUCAGCGGUAAGGAAGGAGUAUAUGUACCGGUAAGAAAUUUACCCAUAGCCUUACCGUUAAAUCGUACGGAAUCCAGCACGGGGCAGUUUAAAGUGUGCGUGUGUAUGCCGCAAGGGAAAUUAUUCCGUAUUGCUGUGCCCAGUGGGCAGAAAGUCAUGUGUUCGCAUAUAAAUAUGACGGGGGAUUUGAAUCCUUGUAUUUAGAUGUGUGUAACAUAGGUUAUGGCGCUUGAAGAUAGAAUAAUUUGGACGUAAUUUUAAAAUGCCAGAAUUUACUAAAUGUAUCUACAAUGUUAUUGAAACUUUCCGAGAUCAUUUCAGUCAUACGCCAGUACAAUACUUAACACGUUCAUCGCCAGCGACCCGCUAGGCGGGUUCUCUUUUCGUAGGCGUUUUUCGUUACAUAUGGAUUUUCCCAUGUCAUCGCUCAUAGCGCGUAGCUCGCGCUGGUACUGAAUGUGUUCAAUGAAAAGUAUGAAGAAAAGUUGGCGAGAUAUGAGUACUAAUAUUUAUAUCAAAUUAUCUGAUGUAUUCUCAAAGUAGCAAUUACAAUUUAGUAAAAAAGUCAGACCAAGCUAAGUUGGCAGCGAUUUUGAUAGCCCAGCCUGUGCAAGUGUUAAGUAAAUGUCAUAAUUUCAUAGAAGUUUGACGUUUAAAAUAACACUUGCACUGCCUGGGCUGUCAAAACCACUCGGUCUGACUUCCUAGUAAACUGGCAUUUUAAUAAUGGAUCUAACACACUUCAAUACCUAAUGUUGUCAAUAAACAAGAAAUAAGAGCAAUACUUAAAAGCAUAUUACACUACGCGAUCUGUCGGGACCCGAUUUAGUAGCUCCUAAAAUCUUGUUACAUUUCCCUCAAAGACGGGUGUAUCGGACUGCGACCUUAAUCCGGUCCGAGGCCUGUUCGAUCCAGUUGAAAACGGUCCGCCGUAAGUUUGUUAAGGAUGCAGCUAUAUGUUAGAGCGAGAAAGAGAUAUGCUGGCCAAACCAAGGUCACGGCCCGGUAGGUGCGCCCGUCUGUGUCAGCUUUAAGUUAGCAUACGGGUAAAAUGGGUAGUGUAAUACGUUUUUUUUUUUUCGAUAUGUAUACGUUUAUCCGUUGAGUGAUCUAGUCAUAUUAUACUAUAUAACUAUAUGCAUAUAGUAGAAGUUAGUAAAAUUUAGCAAUUCAAAAACCCGUUAGGGAUUGAAGGAAUUUGUCAAUUGUAAUGUUUAUACUAAAGUAUUUUAGACAAAAAGUUAAAAUCGUUGCAGGCUUCAACCUUAAAUUGAAGAUUGUACUUUGUUGUCUUAAAAUGUUUUAACCUACUCAUGUGGAAAAAAUUCUGUGUUACGAAAUAAAUUUUUAUAAGUAUUAGAUGUAAAUAGAGGAAUAGUAAAACACUUUUGAUGUUCAUUCAUAUGUAUACUUCAAAAACUUUUUCUUUUGAGUCAUCUUUGAUUGUUUUUUACAC